GUGACCCGGAAGAGAAUGAUGGCAGCUAAUAUUUUUUCCCCCAUUCCUGAGAUUCAGUGAUUAUUUAGUGUUUUUUUUUUAUUCUAAAACUACACAUAAUGACUGGAGAGUGAAGCAGUUUUUUUUUUAAAGUUGCAUGUAAAUUAAGAAAACUCAGUUUUGAUGGCUGGCUGUUGAAUUGAAAGCGUUAAUGUUUUAUUGACGCUGGUGGUGUUUGUUUGUGGAGGUCGCGCUUUGUUUUGCUAGAAAAACCUCCCGAGUUUAGCGUGUAAGCUAACAGUUUAACACAUGAGCGUUUCACUUGUAGUGAUCCGUCUGGAGCUCGGGGACCAGUCACUCAUGCCACAAGGCUUUCAGUACUGUGCUGAUGACAUGUCUGAAGAAGAGAUGCGAGACAAGGCCCUAACCUCUGCCAGGACGGUAUUAGGAGGCAAGACGGAGCGAGAGAAGGCUGCCAUCCUUCAUCAGCACAUCGGCAGUCGUGCGAUGUCCGACAUGGUGAUCGAGACUCUUGCUGCGAGCUCAGAUGUACCUGCGGAGAAUGGGGGUGAGCAGUCAACAGAGGAAAGUGGCAGCAGUAAAACGGAAGAGAGCGAUGCCACCAAAGUUCCUGACUCGCCCUCCAAACAGCUUCCAGAUCAGAUCUCUUUCUUCAGUGGCAACCCAUCCGUGGAGAUUAUCCAUGGCAUCAUGCACCUCUACAAGACAAACAAGAUGACGUCGUUGACGGAGGACGUGAGGCGCAGCGCCAUGCUUUGCGUGCUCAGUGUGCCGGCAACAAUGACCAGCCAUGACCUCAUGAAGUUCAUGGCACCCUUUAAUGACGUCAUGGAGCACAUGAAGAUUAUCCGUGACUCUACACCCAACCAGUAUAUGGUGCUGAUUAAGUUUGCCACCCAGGCCGAUGCUGACAGCUUCUAUACAACCUGUAAUGGCCGGCAGUUCAACUCUAUUGAGGAUGCUGUGUGCCAGCUGGUCUAUGUGGAGAGGGCCGAGGUGAUCAAGUCUGAAGAGGGGGCCAGUUUACCAGUGAUGGACCUGACUGAGCUGCCCAAGUGCACAGUGUGUCUGGAGCGCAUGGACGAGUCAGUGAACGGUGUACUCACUACCCUGUGUAACCACAGCUUCCACAGCCAAUGCCUGCAGCGCUGGGAAGAUGCCUCGUGCCCCGUGUGCAGGUACUGUCAGACCCCAGAGCCUGUGGAGGAGAAUAAGUGCUUUGAGUGUGGCGUGCAAGAGAACUUGUGGAUCUGCCUGAUUUGUGGCCACAUCGGGUGCGGUCGCUAUGUUAGCCGCCACGCCUACAAGCACUUUGAGGAAACGCAGCACACCUACGCCAUGCAGCUGACUAACCACAGAGUCUGGGAUUAUGCAGGAGAUAACUAUGUGCAUCGGCUGGUGGCCAGCAAGACGGACGGCAAAAUGGUGCAGUACGAGUGUGAGGGUGACUCCUGUCAGGAGGAGAAGAUUGACGCACUACAGCUUGAGUAUUCUUAUUUGCUGACCAGCCAACUGGAAUCUCAGCGCAUCUACUGGGAAAAUAAAAUUGUUCAUCUAGAAAAAGAAACGGCAGAAGAGAUCAACAAUAUGAAAGCCAAAUUCAAGGAGACGAUCGAGAAGUGUGACAACUUGGAGCUCAAGCUGAAUGAGUUAACCAAAGAGAAACAGACCAUGGAGAAAAAAUGCUCACAACUGAACAACAAAUUGGCCAAGUUAGGCCAGGAGCUGCGGGAGGAGCAGGAGAUGAACCGAUGUCUGCGAGACAAUCAGCAGCAGCUCCAGCUGAAGCUGCAGGAAGAGGAGAGCCGGGGAAAGGAGACCGCCGCUAACAAGGAGACCCAGAUUGCCGAGCUCCAGGAGCAACUGCGUGACGUCAUGUUCUACCUGGAGACGCAGCAGCAGAUCAGCCGCAUGCCUGCAGAGACACGCCAGGAGAUCCAGGAAGGCCAGAUCAACAUCGCCUCAGCCCCUGCAGCAUCCACGGCAGGAUCCUCCACACAUGGCUCAGGCAAGACUAGGAAAGGGCGGGCCAAGAGAGGGAAGUAAUCCGUCAGUGGAGCGGGCUGGUGUAAAUGACAGUUUGUAAUGUGAGGCUUAUUAGAAGUGCCACCAUGAAACUAUCGGCUAAAACGUUCAGUCCACUCGCUAGUCCUGUACUUAGCACCUCUUGAUACAAGAUCGGAGGCUGCACAAGAUAUUAAAGGUAAUGUACAUAUUACACUAUAGGGUGACUUUAGAACAUUAUUGGUGAGCUUGUGUCUCCAGUGAAAGAACUUUGCACAGCUAUGCGAGUUGUAUAAUUAUGGAAGUACUACUUGUCCUUGUUUGAGUGUGCACUUCUAAAUAUUUGUUUGUGCCUAGAAAAGAUCUAUUUUGUAUUUCUUUAAAUCAAAAAAAAAAAAAAACCACCCCCACCCCAAGAACGUAUUAAAUGUAGUCUGUUGCGAGCUGACAUGCUGGAAAAACAUUAAAGCUAUAUGGCCUUUCGAUUUCAUAAAAGCAGUGAAA